UCCCACUGGAGUCCCACCAUUUGUUUGCCGGUGUUACUAUCAUUUCAGAUUACCUGAGGCCCCCCUCAGAUAUUCUCUUCUUUGAUUAUCCACAUUCGCGAUCUUUUCACUUUACAUCCUCAUCCGGUCACAUCCUUUAACACCCUUGACCGCGUAACCACACCUUCUUACCCAACUGACCAUACAUAAACAUGACUGAAAUCCGUGAUGCCGAUGCCAAAGAGGGCACACCUUUUGCUGCUUUUAAUACUCCAGUUACUGUUACCCCUGCCAAGUACCGACCUACUUGGCCAAAGCUGCAGCCAGAAGAGUACACCGUGACUGCGACUCCCACUACUUCUACUGCUUUCACUUCUUCUACUAGACCUGCUGCUGCCACUGUUCUGGCUGCACCUGGCGCAACUCCUGCUCAAGCUGGCUAUCAGUGCUGCACCGGACCCAAACUUCACCUGAGCUGCUCCUCCAGCGGACCAUACAUUGGCGUUAUCCCUGCUCCCACUUACUGCCCAAAGGCUGCAGGAUUCCCUGGCCAUUGUGUCUGCCGCCCUGUAAAUGUGUCUGACCCUGUUAUACCUAAGCCUUAUCACCCCGACGUUUUCGAAGUGAACAAGCCGAUGGCGGUUUCUGCUGCCUCUAGCUCCGGAAAGCUAAUGUACCAGGUCCCAUACCUUGUUGAGGAAGACCGCAAGUUCUGGUUUCACGCGCCCAAUGGUGAUUGUAUGCACCUCACUGUCAAGCAAAUCGCUGAGACACAGUGUGCCGGUCACUGGGCAAACACUUGUACUGGCCAGCCUUACUAUGUGUGUUUGCCAAAGGACAGGAUCAGGUAUGAUGCUAAGGAUUUCAAUGCAGUCUUUCAGAUGAGCGGGCUCAGUCAUAUUGAAUUUCACAAGCGCUACCAGCCUUUCUGAUUUGCGAAUGCAAUACCUGCUUUUGCUGACUUGCUGGACUGGUCUGGUGCAGGAGAUAAGUGGUGGUUCGAUGUUCGCUGGAUACUACGCACGUUUUGCAAUUUGGCCGUGGUGUGGGCAUAUUGGAUGGUGAAUACGAUGGAGGUUCUGGGAUGGCGACAGCUUAGUUGUACCUGGUGUACUUACUCAAUGGAACUCCCUUCUCUAACUA